GUUAGAAGAUCCUCCGUCUUCGGCUGACGGCGGUAAUUGGAAAUUCGAAUCCCGGUGAUCCCGCACCGGCUCCCGGCGUAUCGCUGUUUGCUCACCGCGCGACGACCAGCCCUGGCGCGAUCACCGUUUCAUCGGACCCCGCCGCGGAUAAAUUCGGGGGUUUUCGACGUUUCUCACGCGGGAGAAGGAAGAUUGGCUUGGAAUUAACGCGACGAUGGACGGGCCGUCGAAGGAGACCGGACUGCCGGUCCUUCUGAGAGCCGAAUGUAGUUCGUGAGAAUCAGAAAUUUCACUCCCUUCAACCCACAGCGAAAAAUGAGUUUGGUUCUACGUGACAAUCAACAACAAACGCGUUUCAGCCGGAGGAAAUCGAGUUUCCGGUCGUGAGAAGCAAAUUUGCCUCAUCGGUACUGGAAAUGUUCUCCCCUUCGUCCAAACUCAUUUUUCCGUGUAAACACAUUCAUUGUAAUAUCAAUUCAACCAAUCCUUCUUCCACGUGCAUCUUCGAGCGGGUCACUCGCAAACGCCGCUUCGAAUUCGUUGAAAAAACGCGUCUCGCAGCGCCUGAAUAUGCAACAAAGCAGGCCAAUCACGCACGCACCGCUGAAUGUAUUAUUUAUUAUUUCGCGCGCGUGUGUCGUCGUUGAACUUUCCGCGUAAUUCCGAGACACGGCGAACUUCCUCGAGGCGUUCCUCCAAAAACCGCGUGUACUGGUCAGAGACACCGAGGUUCGCCGCCGGUGACCGACUCGCCGUCCUUAUCGUCGCUUAUCGCGAUAUGCACACCGACUGCGCCCCGGCUGUGUCAGGAAAUCACCGACACAGGCGAGCCCCGACGUCACGCGUGCACCACCGACGCUGCAUCUUCCUACAGGGUGCAACGAGGCGGGGUGCACGACCUGGCUCGGCCGAUAUAGAGCGAGCCGUGUGUGUGUGUGUAUUUCUAGAGCAGCCGGUUUAAGAAUAGAACGGCAAGUAAACGCCCGAAUCAGAUAUAGACGGUGAAUGACCGACAAGUAGAUUACGAGAUUUCAUUCAAGUCCGAUGCACGCCUGCAAUUACAUCUGUCAGCCGGCUUGUCUCGGCGAUCGAGUUUCGCGAUGGCCGGCAGAAUAAUUGCAGACGAUUGGCGAGUGAUUGCCGUUUUAAUCGCGCCGGCUCCUCGAUUUAUCAUAAUCGACGAGACGCUCUCGUAAACGAGCGCUGAGGGCUCGAGUAGAGUCGAGACCGUGGCCACCGUCGGCGAGAGAUCCCUUCGAAAACGGGACGCGAUCGAUUCUGUCUUUCGGGGUGCCUCGGAAAAUUUGUCGGCACGCUCGCGUCGAGCGUAUCCGCCGGUGGUGCGCCUAAUUCUCUAUUCUCAGCGACGGCCUCCUACAUCACGCAGGAGCGCGAAAGCUGAAGAGAGAUCGCGGAAAUGAUCAACGUUCUGACAGGCGCGGGAUUAAAGUCGCGAGAUUCCAGGAUGAAUGCGGGGGAGAGACCGUUUUUCCGCGGACGUCGUGGCGCGGCGAAACGAGACAGAGCGAGAAAGAGAGGGAGAGGGGGGAGAAGGGUGAAAGCGGAUUAUAAAUACCUAAAAACGAGAGACGAGAUCUAGGAAAGGGAGAAUACGGGUUCGGAAUACGCGACGAGUGAAACCCCCGACGUGCGCGCGACCGCUGCCGCAUCCUCGACGGCGCGAUGGAAACGGCAGGAAAAAAGUGAUUUCAUGAGAAACCAAUAAACCGAUAGCCGGGUUCCUUUGUCGAGCUGAAAUCCGGGCCGCGUUCGUUCGCCGGCGGAAAACUGAAAUCCCGCGUCGUCGCCGGCUACGUUCGGAAUGACGGGGAUCGAAAUGGCAAGUGUAUGAAUGAGAAGCGCGCGCGUGAGGGAGAAAAGUCGCAGGCGAAGGGAGUUCACAGGCGGAGUAAUCGAGCCAGAUGCUUCUCCUCCGGCUCGCCGGAUGUUCUCCAAACGAGCGGGAUAUCCGGCGUGACGGUUCGAUUUCCUCAGCGAGCCACAAUGCACCGGGACGAGCACAUUGUUUAGCGUAGUGCGGCGCGCGGUCGACGCUGACGUCGGUCACCAGCGGAGUCCUCUCGUGCGCCGUUCCUCCAUCUCCGGCGACGCGAAUUCAUUCCCCAGACGCGGGGAAACGCUUCGGAAACGUUCGGGACGAGAUGACUUUCUACCGAUGAUCGCUAAUUCAGUUUACCUCGCGCGUAACAAUAAGAAACGGAGAGGAAAGAGGAAAUAGAGAGAGAGAGAGAGAGAGGGGGGGAAAGAAAGGGAGACAGAGUGUUCUUGGGUGUCUUGCAGAAGGAUGCCAGCAGCUGGUGCGACCGUGCCGGCCGUUGCCGAAGGGGCCGGCCAGCUGGAGGACUUGGACGAGCCACCCGAGCCACGUGUUCGCGGUGGUAGCGGACGGACCGGCUUGAUGAAACCUUUGGUGGUGUUGGCUCUGCCCGGGAUGUACCUCUUCUACAAGUACAGCCAGUACAGGCGGGAGCAGCGUGAGCUCUCCCGCAGAAGAGUCACCGAGAGGGAGCUUCAGCAUCUCCAUCACAAAAUCGACAAGCUGUUGACGAAACUGGAGGAGAACGAGCCGGAAUUGGCAUCCUCGCAGGAGGACGAGUGCGUCAUAUGCGUAAACGCGAGGGCGACGAUGCAAACGGCGCCAUGCGGGCAUCGGGUGGUAUGCAGACGCUGCUUCGUCAAAACGAUACAAAUGGCGGUCUCUCAGAGGCUCUUACCGCUGAGAUGCGUCAUAUGCAGAGCGAAGAUCCUCCGUCUGAAGCAGACUCUCAUUCCGCGUGACUAUUCGAUGUCGGGUAAAUCCUGGGUGCUGCCGCAAAGCGCGUCGGAGUACAACAUGGGCACAAGCGUCACCGCCGGCGUGUCCGGGCCCGGCGGCAGAUGGGGACCCGGAAGCGUGCCAGCCUCUGCCUCCCUGUACUCGAUGGCCAGCGGUUCGUCCUCCAUAUCUGGAGUGUCUUCCGUCUCUUCGGCGACUUCCUCGUCCGCGAAUAGCACCGGAAGUUCCACGCUCGGCAAACCUACGAGGGUACGGCAGCCCACAGGCGCCACGCUUAGGCGUUCCCAGACGCAGUCGAUGAAAAUGCGGAUUCAGGAGUACCAGGAUCCCGUUCAGCAGGUGAGCGAGGAGGAAGAGGUGAUGCGGGAAAAUCGGGAGCGUCGAUUGCCGCCGAUCAAAGAGUUCCAGAGGGACUACCGCGCCGGCAAGGCGUCCACCCGAAUCAGAUGCGCUCAAAAGAUCGUGACGCAGCUGGAAUCGUCGCCGAGUCCGCGGGGCACGCCGGGCGUCGUCAGCACGUCGACGUCCUCGUCAUCGGCGUCGUCGUGCGGCCGCGCCGCGUCAAAGAGGCCGGCCUCGGCGCCGAAGAUGUCGGUGGUCCAGGAAGUGCAGAAGUCGAAGAAGGAGAAGGAGCGGGAGAAGGAGCGCGAGAAGGCGGAGAAGGCGCGGCAGAAAGAGGAGGAGAAGGCGGAGAAGACCAGGCAGAAGGAAGCGAAGAAGCUGGCGAAGGAGGAGAAGAAGCGCGCGAAGAAAGAGGCGAAGGCGCGGCGGAAGGAAGCCGAGGAAGCCCUCCUCAGGGACGACAAGAUUCCCGUUGCGUCUCAGCAGAGGACGCGAAGGCCGGCUUUCGAUCCGAUGCAAGUUUGUAUGUGCCCUCGUUUAUAUGCGUCGAUAUAUUUGACGGAUAUUUCCUCAACGAGUUUAAAGUGUAAGACUAACAAGAAGAUGAAGCGUCCCGUCCUCUACUUCGCCAUGUGCCUCUACGGGUUUCUGGGCUCGGCUGCGAUAGAAGACAGUCAACAUUGGCACGACUUGGCCGACAAAGAACUCGCGGAGUCUCUCUCGUAUCGCUGGAACAUGAAGAAAGCGAAAAAUGUGAUCCUUUUCUUGGGCGACGGGAUGAGUCUGGAUACCAUAACAGCCAGUAGAAUUUAUCGCGCCGGCGAAACCAGUCAACUAGCAUGGGAACAUUUUCCCCAUACCGGGAUCCUGAAGACGUAUAACACGAACAAACAAGUGCCGGACUCGGCGUCCACCGCCACCGCGCUCUUCGGUGGAGUCAAAACAAAUUACGAGGUCGUCGGUGUGGACGCGCACGUGCAAUUGGGAGAUUGCGAGGCGAGCUUGAACCCGAAUUAUCAUGUCGAUUCGUUCAUAACAUGGGCCCAAGCAGCCGGCAAAGCCACAGGUUUCGUGACGACCACUCGAGUCACUCACGCUACUCCGGCGCCGCUUUACGCGCACUGUGCGAAUCGCCGGUGGGAGUGCGAGUCGAAGAUGCCGAGGAACGCCAGCGGCUGCAAGGAUAUCGCCCGGCAAUUGGUGGAGGAUGAGCCCGGGAAAAAUAUUCGAGUAAUCAUGGGCGGCGGCAGGCAGAUGUUAAAGUCCAAUGUAAGCGCGGCCGAGCAUGAUCCGGUGGAUUCUUGGGCCUGCUACCGGCGAGACGGUCGCGAUCUCAUCCAUGAAUGGACGAGAGACAAGUCCGACCGGAUGCUGGCUUACAGCGUGGUCGAAAACAACGAGGAGCUGUCCCGCGUUGACACCGAUAACGUGGAUUAUCUGCUCGGGAUCUUCGCCAACGGGCACAUCGAGAUGGACUGGAAACGCGAGCGCGGCCCUAAGGGGCAACCCAGCCUGGAAGAGAUGACCGUCGCAGCCUUGCGCGUUCUUCAGAAGUCCCCGGAAGGAUACUUCCUGAUGGUCGAAGGUGGACUAAUUGACUUCGCACAUCACCGAGGUCACGCCGCUCAAGCCCUUUUGGAGACCGUUCGAUUCUCAGACGCCGUCAACGCCACUCUUCGAAUGGUUGACACCAACCACACUCUUAUUAUCGUCACUAGCGACCACUCUCAUUCAAUGAGCUUUAACGGUUACAGCGCUCGAGGCUCGUCCAUUCUGGGCAUCGCUCAGAGAUCCAAGCACGAUGAUGUACCGUACACGACAUUGUCCUACAGCACAGGCGGUCCGAACAACGUCGCUUACACCGUCGGGGAAAACGGCGAAACUGUGAGGAUCGAUCCGUCCAAAUCGAACACCAGCGAUUUCACUUACAGCCAACAGGCCACGAUCAUUACGGACGAGGCUUACCAUGCCGGCGGCGACGUUCCCGUGUACGCUAUAGGACCGCACGCCCACCUUUUCCACAGCGUGCACGAGCAGAACUACGUGGCGCACGUGAUAGCGUACGCCGCGAAAGUCGGCGCGUAUUCAAACGACGCGGCGCCGACGACGUUGCAUCGCGUCUUCGCGGCCGUUCUCUGUGCCAGUUUCAUUUCGUCGAUCUUGAUCACGCGCGGAUAAAAUCGUAUCCGACGUCGAUACGAUUGCGCAUCGUGAGGACGGGAAAAUAUCCAACGUUCGCUCGUAAAUAUAUAUGCUCGCCGAGGGCGUAUAUUUUUAGAAAUCGUAUAUCUACACGUUACAUACUCUUAUCGCGCGGUAAUUAAGUGGUAUCGCAAGUGCCCGCGGGAUAUACAUAUCACUUGUACCCACUCCAUCACAGAUCAGACUAAACUUUCAAUGGACGUACCAAGUUCCUACGUAGAAUCCGUAGCUCUCUCUCUCUUUCUCUCUUUCUCUCCCCUCCUCUUUCUCUCUGCCGUUCCGCGGAGCAAUUUAUUUCGACUCUUCGAAAACAAAGCACCCCCUCCCCCCUAUCACGCGUUAUACAACACAUUGGCUUUCUUUAUCUUUUAUUUACAAACAGGUACGUUAAAAACGAUUCUCAGUCUUAUGCUGCAGAGGACGAGGUACUACGCGAUGCUUUAAUAGUAUCGUUUCGUUAAGAGUACAAGAGGAGUUCAAGUGCCCUCUGAGAUUUCGCGCGUUCAAGAGAGAGAGAGAAAGAGAAAGAAUUCAGUUUAUGCUUCGCAUAAAAACGUGUACUCGCGAUACUUAAGUCUACCGAAGAUGCUUAAGUCUUCUUUAUAUGACGUUACGUAUUUUGCGACGAGACGCUACGUCGCGCCGGCUGUCUCGGAUUUUCGACGCAACGUAGAAAAAGAAAAGAGAGUGUGUACACUGAGAGAGAGAGAGAGAGAGA